AUGUCCGACUCCGACGCACCUACCAACGUAUCCGUUAGAGAUCUCGACUAUUCUGGACUCAGAAAAGCCAUCGAUACAAGACUCAACAAAUAUUUCGAGAGGUUGGACGCACCAGAGUCUCACGAAAGACCCAAGGACAUUCAUUGUAACGACUUUUACAAAUUUACAAUCCGUGCCGAAGAGCCAAAUGUAGAAUUUAUCAAGUUUGUACCAAAAAUCAUGUGGUGCAGCAAACCGGGAGUCUACAAACACGUUUCCCGUGAGUGGGCUUAUGAACUUCGCAUUGUUCUUGAUGAGUUUUGUGAGGAAUGGUGCAGUCAAUGGUUGACAGGUGAUGCUGGAAUAUUCUUUGUGCAGAUUCGUACGAAUCUUCGCAGAGGAAGGAACUUAUUGGGGGAAGAUAUGGAACGGAAAAAGUAUCCAAGGUUUUUCACUGAGGCAGACUUGGGAGCACAUCUCACCGAUUUUCUUCUAAAGUUGGAUGAAGAUUUUCUUCGAACAAUUAUGGCUCAAAUUGUCAUGGACGAAGGCUACGGAUGCCCUAUUUACAAUGAAAAAAAUGAGCCUAUCUUCGUGAUCAAUAUUGACCCAUCAAAGCUAUCCCAUAACAAUCCGCGAAAGAUGGUCACGGCAUACACUGCUAUGGAUGUCGAGGAAAUUCGAAAGUUUGUUCGGGAUUUGUAUUAUAAAUCUUGUAUCGACCAAGGUACUCGUGGAGCCAAGAUUCGUUGCGAUCUUCGUUUGGAAGGUCAGAGAGUAAUCUCCCAAGUCAAACUAUGGGAGGAGGGUGACUCAGAUUAUAAUGAAGUUGGAGACGAGGACGAAGAUGAAUCGCUGUUUGAAGAGGUGCUCGGUAGUCGCAAAAAAGACGAGGAUGCCGUCUGGAGACGAAGGAUCUGGUUCGCAUUCGAAAAAAUGAGAGCUCCACAACUUCGGAGGGCUAUCCACAUGACAUGCGGAGGAGUCUACAAGAUGGAUGUGCCCGCUGAUGAGGAAUAUAUUAAUGAAAAGGACGAUUUGACUUUGCAGCGUAUAAUCGCGGUAAUCUUGAUAGUUGGCACUCGAGUUGUCCUCACACACGAAGCCGCAACUUGCGAUUUAUUGGAGAAAAUGACUCCUGAUGAACUUAGAAAAACCCUUAUAGUUUUGUGUAAUGCUCAACCUGUCUAUUUCUCAUUCAUUGAAGGCGAGCAACUUAUGAUAGACGGGAGAACAAUUACUCUGGAUAUUCUUGACCGAGUCAAGCCGCAAGAUGAGAGCUCCAGUGAGAGCUCCAGUGAGAGCGGAGAACAGGAUCCAUCGGAUGAAUAUCCAGAAGAAGAGGAAGCAAUUGAUCAUGGAGAGGUGGAAGUUGAAACACCCGACGAAGAACCUGACGAAGAACCAUAUGAGCCUGAGUCCCCAAUUCAUAGAAAGAGGCCCAGACUGUGGGUUUAG